GAUAGUGUUAGUUAACACUUGUCAAAGAAUUCCGCACAGUCGUCAGUCCAUAUGGAUGGCCGAAAAAGAUGGCCGCCUUGAUUCCGAGAUACACUCUACAAGCAGCAAGAAAGCAGACAACAUGCAUCGCGGCCGUUGCGGUGCAGACGAAUCAUUAUUCGUCGCAGCCACGAAUCAUAAAAGAUCCUACCACCGCUUCUUUAAAGAGAGGCACAGGUGGCCGUAGUUCCUUCAACGGCAUAGUAUGCACGCUGUUCGGUGCAACUGGAUUCGUCGGGCGCUACGUCUGCAAUCGCCUUGGCAAGCUCGGUACCCAGUUAAUAAUACCGUACAGAGGUGAUAUGUACAAUUGCAUGCCACUGAAGCUCUGCGGAGAUUUGGGACAAGUCUUGUUUCAUCCGUUUCAUCUGCGUGACGAGGAGUCGAUAAGGAAGUGCAUCAAGUACUCCAAUGUGGUUAUCAAUCUGAUUGGACGAGAUUGGGAAACUAAGAACUUCACUUUUCACGAGGUGCACGUCGAGGGGGCCAGGAGGCUCGCUAGACUGUGCAAGGAGGCGAAUGUCGAGCACUUCAUCCAUGUGUCCGCCCUAAACGUAGGCGACGAGUUGGAGUCACACGUACUGGAUGGCGGUUCUCAAUUUCUUCGCACGAAAUGGGAAGGUGAGUGUGCAGUGCGAGAAGAGUUUCCCGAGGCUACAAUUAUUCGGCCGGCGGAUAUAUGGGGUCAGGAGGAUCGAUUUUUAAAACUGUAUUCCCACAUGAUGAGACACCAUUUCAGGACUGUACCAUUAUGGGAAAAAGGUGAAAAGACGGAAAAACAGCCAGUGGCCGUAUACGACGUCGCCGGAGGUAUUACCGCUAUUGCGAAGGAUCCUAAAAACACAAUUGGCAAGACUUAUCAGUUUGUCGGGCCGAAUCGUUACAAACUGUCUGAAUUACUUGACUGGUUCCAUCGAAUACGGAUACAUGAUCCAGUCGAAGACGGCUACAGGCGAGUAGACUUGAAAUAUGCUCCACUUUUCAAACUUAAAAUUAGUUUGAACGAAUUUUUAUCUGCCGGAUAUCCAUGGGGAUAUUUGCAAUGGGAAUAUAUGGAGAGGGAAACUAUAUCUGAUAAAGUAUCAAACGAAUUGCCAACUCUAGAAGAUCUUGGCAUCGCGUUAACGACGAUGGAAUCACGAAUGCACUGGGAGUUGAAACCGUACCGUAAAGAUGUACAAUAUAUGGAGAGCGUUGGCGAAUUCGAUCCUGUUCCGAAUCCACCAACCGUUUCAAUUCAUUGAAUGCUUUCUAACAAUGUGCUAGAUUAAUAUAAGUAUAUAGAAUGAAAUGUGUACUCUUACUGUUAAGUGAUACUUGCUGUAAAGAGUAUGUUGUUAAUUAAAUAUCGCGGUCUCAAAUAUA